AUGGGGACAAUACAUCGCAGUGGAGUUAAUAGGAAACCAAAUGAUAGUGCCAGACUCAUUUUUGUGACAAUCAUCGGAGUUGUUUUUGGAUUUUUUGUUGGUAUUUCGUUUCCAUCUUUUACUUUUACAAAGAAUGAAUUUAGAAGAAGCACGUCACUUGAAACUCUUGGAUCAAGCAGCAAUGUCACUAAGAUUUAUGUUCCAACAAAUCCUCGUGGUGCGGAGUUAUUACCUCCAGGAAUUGUUGUGGCUGAAUCAGACUUGUACUUGCGAAGAUUAUGGGGUGAACCUAGUGAGGAUAUACAGAAGAAGCCAAAGUAUUUAUUAACAUUUACAGUUGGUUAUGAUCAGAGGAAUAACAUUAAUGCAGCAGUUAAAAAGUUUUCUGAUGAUUUCCAAAUUUUGCUUUUCCACUAUGAUGGUCGGACAAGCGAAUGGGACCAGUUUGAGUGGUCAAAAAGUGCAAUCCAUGUUAGCGUGACAAGACAAACAAAAUGGUGGUAUGCAAAAAGGUUUUUGCAUCCUGAUAUAGUUGGAGCUUAUGAAUAUAUUUUUAUAUGGGAUGAAGAUCUUGGAGUGGAACAUUUUAAUGGAGAGAAGUAUAUAGAAUUGGUCAAGAAACAUGGUCUGGAGAUCUCUCAACCAGGCCUUGAACCUAAUAAUGGACUUACAUGGCAGAUGACGAAGAGAAGAGGUGAUCGAGAAGUUCACAAGGAUACAAAGGAGAAACCAGGCUGGUGUAGUGACCCACAUUUGCCUCCAUGUGCUGCCUUUGUGGAAAUCAUGGCCCCUGUAUUCUCUCGUGAGGCUUGGCGCUGUGUGUGGCAUAUGAUUCAGAAUGAUUUGGUGCACGGAUGGGGGUUGGAUUUUGCUCUCAGAAAAUGUGUAGAGCCUGCACAUGAAAAAAUUGGAGUGGUUGAUUCACAGUGGAUUAUUCAUCAAGUAAUUCCUUCUCUUGGCAGCCAGGGGAAGUCAGAGAGGGGAAAAGCUCCAUGGGAAGGGGUGAGAGAAAGAUGCAAAAAGGAGUGGUCUUUAUUUCGGAAACGUCUUGCAGAUGCUGAACAGGCAUACCUCUCUCGGACUUCAAAGGGGUGA